CGCCACAAGUCUUUCCGCCUCCCCAGCCAUCCUGGGAGCUGGGAGCCGGGAGCUGGGUUAUGGUGGCCUGAGCAGCAAACGCAGCCACAAGAGCCUGAAGCUCCUGCCCCUUCCUGCGCUGCCGGCCACCAAGACCAGGAGACCGGCUGAGACCUGCCAUGCCCGCCCCGCCCAGCCCCCCGGGAGCCCCGAGCCCGCCUUGUCCAGACCUCUGCUGAGGCUGGAGCCGUCGGCCCGAUGUAGCCAAGCUUCAGAUCCGUCUCCUCCCCUCCUGUCUCUCUGCGGAUUUCUCCUGCUGGAUACCCCAGCCUGGACCCGGGGCUGGCUGGGGCACCUGCAGGCCCUGGAGCCCUGAUGCCUCACAGCUCGCUCUCCUGAGAAGCCACCACCAGCACCCGGAGCUGGGGGCAGGCAACAGGGACGGACGUGGACCAGAGUAAGCCUAGAGGGCCCGAAGGCCAGGGUCCACUAUGGCCCAAGCACUGCCCUGGCUCCUGCUGUGGAUGGGCUCAGGGGUGUUACCCGCCCACUGCACCCAGCCUGGCAUCCGACUGCCCCUGCGAAGCGGGCUUGGGGGGGCCCCCCUGGGGCUGCGGCUGCCCAGGGAGACCGACGAGGAGCCAGAGGAGCCCAGCCGGAGGGGCAGCUUUGUGCAGAUGGUGGACAACCUGAGGGGAAAGUCUGGGCAGGGCUACUACGUGGAGAUGACCGUGGGCAGCCCCCCACAGACGCUCAACAUCCUGGUGGACACAGGCAGCAGCAACUUUGCAGUGGGGGCUGCUCCCCACCCUUUCCUGCAUCGCUACUACCAGAGGCAGCUGUCCAGCACAUACCGGGACCUCCGGAAGGGUGUGUAUGUGCCCUACACCCAGGGCAAGUGGGAGGGGGAGCUGGGCACCGACCUGGUGAGCAUCCCUCAUGGCCCCAACGUCACCGUGCGUGCCAACAUCGCUGCCAUCACUGAAUCAGACAAGUUCUUCAUCAAUGGCUCCAACUGGGAGGGCAUCCUGGGGCUGGCCUAUGCUGAGAUCGCCAGGCCUGAUGACUCCCUGGAGCCAUUCUUUGACUCCCUGGUAAAGCAGACCCGCGUGCCAAACCUCUUCUCCCUGCAGCUCUGUGGCACUGGCUUCCCCCUCAACCAGUCAGAACUGCUGGCCUCCGUUGGUGGGAGCAUGAUCAUCGGGGGUAUCGACCAGUCACUGUACACGGGCAGCCUCUGGUACACACCCAUCCGGCGGGAGUGGUAUUACGAGGUGAUCAUUGUGCGGGUGGAGAUCAAUGGACAGGAUCUGAAAAUGGACUGCAAGGAGUACAACUACGACAAGAGCAUCGUGGACAGUGGCACCACCAACCUCCGUCUGCCCAAGAAAGUGUUUGAAGCUGCUGUCAGAUCCAUCAAGGCGGCCUCCUCGACAGAGAAGUUUCCCGAUGGCUUCUGGCUAGGGGAGCAGCUGGUGUGCUGGCAAGCGGGCACCACCCCUUGGAACAUUUUCCCAGUCAUCUCACUCUACCUAAUGGGCGAGGCCACCAAUCAGUCCUUCCGCAUCACCAUCCUCCCACAGCAAUACCUGCGGCCAGUGGAAGAUGUGGCCACCUCCCAAGACGACUGUUACAAGUUCGCCAUCUCCCAGUCAUCGACGGGCACCGUCAUGGGAGCUGUCAUCAUGGAGGGCUUCUACGUUGUCUUCGAUCGGGCCCGGAAGCGAAUUGGCUUUGCUGUCAGUGCCUGCCAUGUGCACGAUGAGUUCAGGACAGCAGCAGUGGAAGGCCCCUUUGUGACCCUGGACAUGGAAGACUGUGGCUAUAACAUCCCACAGACAGAUGAGUCAACCCUCAUGACCAUAGCCUAUGUCAUGGCUGCCAUCUGCGCCCUCUUCAUGCUGCCCCUCUGCCUCAUGGUGUGUCAGUGGCGCUGCCUCCGCUGCCUGCGGCACCAGCACGAUGACUUUGCUGAUGACAUCUCCCUGCUUAAGUGAGGAGGACCUCGGGCAAGAGAGAGUCCUCUCAGCCGCGUCAGUGGCCCACGCUGGUCACGAGGAGACACGGACGGCCCCUGUGGCCAGAGCGCCUCAGACCCUCGCUCCCCACCGAAGGCCUGCCUUGACGAGGGGCAGGACACGCUGGCAGGUGGGCCGCGGGGAUCGCCCCUGCAGGAGACAGGAGCAGAGACGGGGGCGCUCUGGUGGCAGGAGUGCCCUUGGCACCUCAGACGAGUCAGGAAAUUCUGCUGCUUUGAAACCUCAGCCCUGAACCUUUGCCCACUGUCCUCCUAGACUCUCCAACCCAAAUUCUCAUGGUUCCUGAAGCAGGGGCAUCGCACCCGUCACCCCAGGGCGUGUCCCUGCGGUGCCCUGGCAGGGACCAGGACGGUGUUUCCCUGCAGGCCGCAGUUGGUAGGACUGGAGGCAGUUGCGACCUGCAGUAUAAACCUAACACUGGUGCAAAGAUUGCCUCUUGAAUUAAACAAAAAAUAAUUGGGCGGAGUGUUUGUACGAAUGGGGGAGGUGACAAGAAGAGAGGGGGUGCAGAGAGGGGGGCACUGGGAUCAGAGCGAGGCCAGCCCAGCUCCAGGUGGCAUCUCCAGACAGAAGCCCGCCUUGGAAGGUGGGCACUGCUGCCCAGGGUCUCCUCUUCCGUGGUGGCAGCUGACCAAGUGACGUGGGAAGGAGGGCGUACCCAGCCCAGGGCUCUUUUCAGCGCUCUUAAGUGAGAAGUGCCCACAAAGAAGUUCCAUCUGACAAAUGAACUUCUCCCUAUUCCCCUUGUCUCUCCCGAACCCUUUACCCCACAUGUGACAGGCAACACUUAGGUAUCCCGACCCCCUCGGCCCCAGGUGCCCUCUGGGAAUACAACGGGAAUAGAGCAAAUAGAGCAGGGCUGGGCUUCCUGGUGACAGUCCCCUCCCUCCUGCAAACCCUGACUCCUGGAGCUCUACAGCUCAGGUGCUGGAGGAACAGACAGGAAACCCCUCCUACUUAGUCCUCGAAGCAGAGUCCUGAAGACUGAUUAACAGGUACAGAGUUGCUGCCUCCUCUUCUGCCAGGAUUUCUUCCUGCUCAGCUGGAAGAAGUAGGAAGAUCUCUGCCUAGAACAGAGCAGUUCCACUGCCUCCACGCACUCUAACGUCCCCUCCACUUACUUGGCUAAGACACCCCUCAGCGGCACUAGUGUGAUGCAGGAGUGUCAGAAACACAGGGCUUUCCGGCUCUAGCACUGCUGCCUUCGGGAUGAAGGCUGCUUGGAGAAAGGACAGCGGCCUGGGGCUCCUUACUUCCUUCACCAGGAGCUCCCCAGUGGAGGCCAUCCUUUCCCCAUCCUGCUCUGUGUGUCCCACUCCUAAUAGUACUUGGGUACCCAGGCUGGUUCCGGGGGCUGCCUAGUGGGAACCACGUUCAUUUCCUCCCUAUCAGUUCUACCGCAGCUGACUAUGAUACCAGUGUUGGCGGAAGAGCUGAAUAUUCCUAAUAUACCCCCCGGAUCCUACUUCCGUCUGGUCAACACACUGCUUUCAGGUAUGAGACCUGCUGAGUGCGGAAUUACCUGAGGGAGAGGGAAAUAAGACCCCUGAAGGGCCCCUGGAGAUCCCAGCCUCAGCCAGCUGCCCACAAGCCAUAAACCAAUAAAACAAGAAAUACUGGGUCACCGUUUUCUAUCUGGGUUCUUCCAUCCCCACUGUGUGGUGCUGCUUUGGGUGACAGGGGUCAGCCCCUAACCGCAGAGACUGACAGUGGGACGGGAGACUGGCCACUUCCAGCCCAGAACUUACUGUGUAAAUAAACGUCCAGAUUUGCUACCAUGAAAUGAAAACGCCACAUUGUCCUUUAUAAUUUCUACCCAUGUUGGAAAAACUGGCUUCUUCCUAGGGCAUAAAACCCAAGCCUUUCAUUAGAAAGUCCCAUUACUUUUUUCAACAGAAAACUUGUACUUACUUUUCUUUUACAGUUACUUCCUUUCUACCCUUGAACAAUUAACUCUAUAAAAAAAAAACUUGGCAACAGCUUCUUGCUUGUAAAAAUAUGUAUUAUGUAUCUCUACUUUUAAAUUCUCCUCCUCAAAAAUGUCCUGUGUCC